CAAAAAUACACACUCGAAUCCCUAAAACCCAGAGCUCAUCAAGAACCCAAAUUCACCUUUUCUUUCCUAGGUCAACUUCGUUACAAGAUAACACUCGCUUUGAAGAAUAAUUCAGGAGUUAAACUCAGAGAGAAAGUAUCAAGGGGAAAAUUUUGGGUGUGUUAAAGAUUGGUCGAUAUUUCAGAAAUCUCUUGAAACCCUAAUUUGAGGUUGAAUAACAAUGGAAACUGAUUCACCUAAUUCUAGAUGUGAAGAUAAGAUUAGUAACCUCAUGGAUGACAUUGCAUAAAAUCCUGUCAUAUCUAGAUAUAAGUGAAGUGAUAGCAACAUCUGGGAUUGCAAAGAGAUGGAGGUAUACAUGGAGGGGAGUACUUAUUUUGAAUAUCACAGCUGAUACUACAUCUAGGUUUAAGGAAAAGAAAAAAUUUCCUGGUUUGCUGAAUUUUGUGGAUAGAGUGUUUAUGUUUCGAGACAACAGCGAAGUAAACCGUUUUAAGAUAGUUCUUCCAAAUUGUUAUAAAGGAAAUUUGAUGAUGGAAUCAAUCCUUACAUGGAUAUACGCACUUUCAAAACGAAAUGUUCAAGAAAUCUAUCUUGAGGUAAAUAAUACAAGGUUGUUAGACUUUAAGUUUCCUAAAGCUAAGGAACUUUUCCACUCUAAGUCGUUGAAUAAAUUGGAGAUGAGGAUGACAGAUAAAGAGUUGGCUUCCAUUACUUUUCCAGAGUUAAUGUGUUUACCUCAGCUCAAGCUUUUGUCACUUCAUUCAUUUGUAUUAUCUAGUAUGGAUUCAGCAAAUAACCUUUUUGCAAGCUGCCCGGUCCUGGAAACUUUGGUGCUGGACAAUAUUGAUAUAUACAUCACUGAUGCACAUCAGAAUUUUGUGAUUAGUUGUUCUGAACUACAACAUUUGGAGAUAAAGAGUAUCUGGUACUUGGAAUCUUUAGAGUUCCAAAACUCACAAACUACAAUCCAGAAGCCAAUCCAUUUGGAUGUUCCAAAACUCACGAAGUUCAUCUGUCAAGAUUUUCUGUUUCGGGAGAACUAUCACUUUAUCAGUGACCUUUCGUCUUUAGUCACUGCUGACGUUGCCAUGUUUCUUGAUGAAACAUAUGUGGAGAACCAUGUCAACGAGUAUGGGGAUAAAGUUGAUGAAGACUCAGCACAGUAUUCUAAACUUUCAGUGGAAAAAAGAGAUGAUUUUGCUCAGCGCAUGCUAAAACUUCUUGGAUCUCUUCAUGCCGUCAAAGAACUUAAAUUGUCACCUGGCGUCCUUGAGGUUCUGGUUGGAGCUCCUGGUUUAUUGGACAGUCAACCCCGUCAGUUCUGUAAUAUGCAGUAUUUGAAGCUGGAAAUGUGGCUUACAGGAGGCUGUGCAUGUGUCAUAACAUACCUACUCGAGCUCUCCCCAAAUUUAGAAUCUCUCUACCUUACUUUGAAGGAGUCCAAUUUACAAGAUGCUUUUGACGAUUCGGAACAACGCUUUUCACGUCUGUGUGUGCUGGCUCACCUCAAGUCUGUUGAGAUUAGUGAAGCCAAAGGAUAUGAUACUGAGCUCAAGCUGCUGGAGUUUUUGUUGAAGAAUGGAGUUGCUUUGGAACAAUUGACUUUACAUUUUGUGUACCAAAUGGACAGAGAUUUUGAGGUAAAGAUAAGAUCACUUCCGCGAGCUUCUUCAAGCAUUGAUAUGAGGUUCCAUUACCCAUUAGAAGACUAAAGAAAAAGCAGGUACCAUGUUAUAUCAUAGUUGUCCCAAUUGGUUAUGAGUUUCGAUACAUUUAGCAAGCUCAUCUCAAGCUGUAUUAGUCUGUAAACAUUUAUAGUUCAUAAAAUUGAUGUAACUGCCCGAUAUAUCACCUAUUAUUUCCUUCAAACUCUGAAGCACUUCAUAAUAAAUAAAUAAAACGACUGCUG